AUGGAACAAGCGAACAAAGCCAGACCAUCGCUCCCUUCGAUCUCCAGUCUUAUAGAAGCUGUCACCGAACAGUUUGAAAAGGGAAAAGUUCCCUCACCAAAAUUUGACCCCCCGGGAAGAAUAUCUGGAGGGUCACAAGGACAUUCCAGAAGUCCUGAUCGACCGAAAGCAUCAGGAAGCCCCCGAAGUCAUCCUCCGCCGACACCAGACCUACGACCAGCUUCUAGUUUCGAUUUCCCCCAACUAUCACCCACGAAUAUAUCCCCAAUUACGACCCCCGGUCGCAGUAACUUCUAUCCUCCCGGUUCUGCAAACACAAAUCCUGAGCUGUACGCUCAGCGAGCCUCUACAUACCCUCCUAUGACUGAAACAGGCAAAACUUAUCCUGCGAUGACCGAUCCGAAUCAUUGGCCUUCGUCUCAUCCCCCAAGGCUCCCCCCCGACAUUGUGCCGCAAGAUCAACCUCCCAGACCUCCGCUAGCACCUUAUAGCGAGGCCCCGCCGGAAGCUCCAAGAUCGUCGGGGCCGAAGCCCAGCAAAGAGGAGAGAUUCCUCCAUUUUCUUCGAGAGAUUAUCCUCUCGGUGCCGGAGAAUCGGGAGGCCACGCCCCAGGCCGACGUCGCCCACCUAGCGGAAUGCGACUUACCGCUCCGCGCACCGGGAGGGAGCUCGGCAUCAAAGCAAAGGGUGUCGGGAGAAGAAGAAGGCGGGAGAAAAGAGGAACAGAAGGAAGGUGAUGGUGGUAGAGCCAAGGCUGAAGGCGGCGAGGAACAAGAUGACGAUGGCUCCCUGGGAGUCAAGAAACCCAAGUUCGAAGACCCAGGAGACGACGAAAACGAGGAGGGCCAUUGGACGGUGCAACUGGAAGUUGGCGUAUAA